GCCAAAGUUCAAACGAACCCCCACAAAAAAUAGAAUUUGAAGAAGAAAAAAAAAAAAAACUCCGCCGGUCUCUGAUUUUUUCGGGAAAGGAAGACGAAGAAGACGACUGAAUCGUCAGCCACAGCGGGAUGGUAGAGCUGGAGACCAGUUGCAGCAUCAGCAGCAGUGGAGCUGCGGAAGAAGAGACGGAACAACGAGGAGGAGGAGGAGGAGGAGAAUUGCUGAAGAAGCAGAGUAACGGAAGUGGUGGUAAUCUGGAGGGGAGGGAAGGAGGUACCGAGGAGGACGAGGAGGAGAGUCAGAGUGAUAACCAGCAUCGGAAUCAGAUGUCGAAGAGGAGAAGGAAGAAGAAGCAGCAGCAGCAGCAGGAGCUGAGGAAUAUCGAGAACUCGAUGAAUGAAGUCGAUGAUGGUGGCGGCGGCGGCGGCGGGUCGAGGAGUAAUGGUUUGAUGGUGAGAUGGGAGAGGCUUCUGCCGAGGAUGGUGUUGAGAGUCUUGCUGGUUGAAUCCGACGACUCUACGCGGCAGAUUAUUGCCGCUUUGCUCAGGAAAUGCAGUUACAGAGUUGCUGCGGUUCCUGACGGAUUGAAGGCAUGGGAGUUACUAAAAGAGAGGCCACAUAACAUAGACCUGAUUCUGACAGAAGUGGACUUGCCUUCAAUAUCGGGAUACGCUCUCCUCACUCUAAUGAUGGAGCAUGAGAUCUGCAAAAACAUUCCUGUCAUAAUGAUGUCGAAGGAGGAUUCGAUCAGCACGGUUUACAAAUGCAUGAUGAGAGGUGCAGCUGACUACCUUGUUAAACCCGUCAGGAGAAAUGAACUUAGAAAUUUGUGGCAGCAUGUAUGGAGAAGACAUACUCAACUUUCAAGAGAGAAUUUGCCCCAGGAUGAGGCUACUUCUGAAAAUAAUGUUGACCACAUAACUGGUGAUGUAGCUUGUGCGCAGAAGAACAAGGAUUUCGUCGAGAAAGGGAGUGAGGCACAGAGUUCUUGUACAAAGCCAGGUGUGGAAGCUGGGAGUACUGGAAAGUUUCAGGACUUCUUACAGCCAGUUGGAGUUGAACAUGUCCUUGAUGAUACUAACUGCCAGAGACAGGAGGCCUGUGAAGGUUCAAAUCAAAGGGUGCUUGUUCAUGAGAACCAAGGCCAGGAGAGAACAAAUACUGAUGCCAACACCGAGGCCUGUGAUACUGAUGGUGCCAACUUUCAUAGAGAAGGUAUUAAUUUCAUGGGAGCAGGUACGCUAGACAAAUCCUCCCAGGAGAACAUCAGGAGCAAUUUUGACACUUACCCAGACUUGGAUCUCUCCUUGAAAAGUAAUCAUUCUUGUGAGCUAGCACUUCAACUUUCAGAAGAAAGACACACGCUCAGACAAUCUACAACCUCAGCUUUUUCACGGUAAUAAUGGUGGUGAUGCAGGUAUAUCGCUAGGCCAUUUCAAACCCAACAUUCGGCCAAUGCCUGCAAUCAGAAAGAACUUGGAAUUGAUUCAGAAAUAAACUUUUCCAGUGUCGUCGGUAACACAUCUAGCUCUCCUACUCCACCAGCAGCAGGUCUUCAUAGGACUGUGUCUCUUCCAAUUUCCCAAGCUAAAGAAUCUGAAGUUGGAACUUCAAUGCCUCAACAAAGACUAUUAUUUCCAGUCCAAACUCCAUCAAGUGAGGCUAGGAACAGUGAUUCAAACCCAGUCUUCAUGUUCCCUCCUUUCACUUACAAACAACAGUCGGCAAAUCACCAAGAACCCCACCUCAGAUUGAGCAGCGAGUCCACAGCUUUGCAAAAUCAGGACCACAAGUUGGACGAGUGGAGGCGUGUUUCUCCCAUGACUGAUCAAACCGGAAGCAACAGCUUGUGCAAUGGUGCUAUAAAUCAUUUCAACAGCAGCAUGGGCUACGGAAGCACUUCCGGGAGCAUGAGCAAUGCUGAACAAGUUGGAAUGGUUAAUGGAGCACCAGCAGCAGAGAGCACAAAUGAAGAAGGGCCUUUCACCCACACCCCGAACUCCCAUCAUCGGUCCAUGCUGAGGGAAGCUGCCCUUAACAAAUUCCGGUUGAAGCGGAAAGAACGAUGCUUUGAGAAGAAGGUCCGGUACGAGAGCAGGAAAAAACUGGCUGAGCAGCGUCCUAGAGUGAAAGGGCAGUUUGUUCGUCAGGCGCCAGUCGAGGCUGCACCUUUGGAACCCGAGUGAAGUCGUGCUCAGAUACAUGGCUUGCCUGCUACUAAUUUGACAUGAGCGAUUCGCACUAGUGAUAGCUCCACCUGUGUGAUUUUUACCGUUCUGAAAUCUGACAGGGAAGUAUAGAGAGAGAGCCUUACUACGCCGUGUGUUUAUAUUCAUACGCCGUAACUUCUCAUUGCCCUCUAACAGCUUAGUUUAGAUAUGUGUAAUGUAUUUACCGCCAUUUUCAUUUGUAAAUAUUGGGAAGAAGGUAAGGUAAAGUGGUCAUCAAUCUGAUCGAAGCUGCUGACUCUUUUAUAUGAUUAGGGUUCCUUAACUCCUGAUUAUGCUAU